AUGACGAGACUCUUCGAGCCCAUUCGCGUUGGCGGGAUGGAACUCUUUAAUCGCAUUGUCUUGGCUCCACUAACCCGCUUCCGCAACGAUGACGACCACAUUCCCCUACCUUUCGUCAAGAAAUAUUACGCACAACGCGCUUCAACCCCGGGAAGCUUCUUGAUCAGCGAGGCAACGCUCAUCUCACCUGACGCAGGCAGUUUGCCUAAUGUGCCCGGAAUCUACACCGACGAACAGAUCUCCGCCUGGAAGGAAGUUACCGAUGCUGUUCAUGCAAAGGGCUCAUACAUCUACAUGCAACUAUGGUCGCUGGGCCGAGUCGCCCGUUCCACGGCAGGGAGGCAGCAGAGCGCUGUUUCUAGCAGUAUGACUCCGCUCAACACUGAACUAUCAACACCCCGUGCAUUGACCGAGUCCGAGAUUGGAACCUACACGGCUCAAUACGCACAGGCAGCGCGGAACGCCAUGGCAGCGGGCUUUGAUGGCGUGGAAAUCCACGGGGCCAGCGGAUACAUGCUAGACGAGCCAACCCAGGAUGGGAAACCAAUGGACAGCUGGGGUGGUAGCGUCGAGGACCGCGGCUGCUUCGCUAUCAACGUGGCCCGAGCAGUCUCGGAUGCCAUCGGCGCGGACCGCACUGCAAUUCGUCUUGGUACUUUGAUCGCACGAGAGGGUAUGCGGAUGGCGCAUUCCUUGCCACAAUUUGGACGUCUUGCGCAGGAGCUGAGGCUACUCAAGCUUGCGUACGUGCAUCUUGUUGAGUCUCGUUUAGAGUCCGACGCCCACAUCGAGGCGACUAAUCAGCUGGACUUUUUCUUCGAGGCGUACCAAGAUGCCAGUCCCGUUAUUGUUGCCGGUGGUUAUGGGCCUACUUCAGCCGCAGAGGCUGUUGAUUCAAAGUACUCAAAUCAUGAUGUUCUCAUUGCCUUCGGGAGGCCUUACAUUUCCAACCCAGAUUUGCCUUUCCGCAUUAAGGAAAAUCUUCCUCUCAUGCCGUAUGAUCACGAUGUGUUUUACACUCCAAAGACUCCUAAAGGUUAUAUUGACUAUGACUUCAGUGCUGAAUUCCAGGCUUCUUCUGCGGCGGCAGCUUGA